AUGUCAUCUCUGAACAUGACAAGCCAUUUGCAGGCAACAGAAAUACAUGGCACACCAGACGCUUUAGCCCUUAAUGCGGUUAAUUUAAUUAAUUUAAAAAAGUUCGUAAUGUUGGUUGGCAUUGUUGGUUCUUGUACAUUUGGAAAUCAACGCAUCGCAUCGCUCCUAAGUUCUCACUUUGGCUUUACGCCCAUUAAAAUAGUCGCACAGGAGUCUGGGGAGAUUUUCAACAGCGAACUUGAUGCCCUAUCUAUCUCCAAAAGCGAGAGCAAUAAACCCCGAUUUUUUUCUCUCCAACAAGCCUUAAAUUUUGUAACGGUUAAUUAUCACGAGAACUUUGUUUUUAUUCAUGAUCUUUCAAAUAUAAAGGUGGAAUAUGGCGCUUUUUCCACAAGGCCGUUUUACUGCAGCCUAGGUGUCAAGGUAUCUCCCGGAUAUUUCUUAAGCUUUCUGACUCAAGGCAAGGUGCAGUCUCUUCUUGAUCUGGUAAGGUUAUCCGCCAGCGCAGAGCUCGACCAUUCAACGGCUUUUGAGCUAGCCGAAAAAAUCGAAAGCGAAGAUCUUGCAUUCGACACAUUUAGCUAUUGCAACCAGGUUAUUAGCAUGGACAAAUCGCUUACACCAGCCAAUGAUGAUGUUUUACUUGAUGCGCUUGAAUCAUCCAUAUCCAGGCUGAGGAAAAAUACCCGGCCUUCGUGGGAUGCUUAUUUUAUGAAAAUAGCAAAAUUGGUUGGGCAACGAUCUAACUGCAUGAAACGACGGGUUGGUGCUAUUCUAGUUUCAAGAAAGUCUCAUCGAAUCAUCUCAACGGGAUACAACGGAACACCGGCUGGAGUCCGGAAUUGCUCUGAAGGUGGGUGCAAACGGUGCAACGAAAACACCGGAAGCGGCGCCGCUCUUUCCACUUGCCUGUGUUUACAUGCCGAGGAAAAUGCAAUCUUUGAAGCUGGAAGAGAGAGAAUUUCCCUUUACACGACAUCGGCGCUAAAUGCCGAUGAUCAGGGCGUGACAUUGUACUGCACAUCAUGCCCAUGUAUUUACUGCACGAAAAAGAUCAUUCAGGCCGGAAUAUCGGAGGUGGUGUAUUUUGAAUCUUAUUAUAUGGAUGACUUUGUAAAGUCGUGUCUAAAGGAGGCAAACAUUGAGCUCAGGAUGCUGCACGAAUAA